GUGAGUCAGUUCUUCCUUUGGCCCCAACAGAAGACUCAGUAUAACCAAGCUAUAACUUGCACAAACCAACAAGGAAAAAAACCUUGCUAUUCCCACUACUUUCCUAAUAGACCAAGGACCCUACCACCGCUCAUCCCAUACACUGCCUCUGUCCCAAGCAAGACGCAGCACCUGCCAAACCAGGCGCUUAAAGAAUGGUCCAACUUUUCAAAAGCAAUCUGGAGAGGAGACGCAGAUAAUUUCUUGAAGAGUACAAGAAGGCAGCAGAAAAGGUACUCUCAAGGAAGGGAUGCGCGAGCUUUGGGGCCGUCCCCUCUGCCUGUUGGAGGUUUCCAAAUUCGCUUACUUCAGAGACCCUUGGAAGCAGCACACUCAGGUCGCGGCCAGCCUCGGGCCUCGGUGAAGGAGGCAGUGUUUACACCUGUCACGAGGGAAGGGGAGCAAAGCCCCAAACUUCUGAACAGCUCCCGGGAGAAUGCAGCCAGCGCGAAGCUUUGGGCAGGUGGAAGCAAACAGGCAGGAAGAGCUGGCAGUGGCCGGGAAGGGAAGGACUCCCACUUCCCCAGCCGGUGCCCGGGAUGGCGAAGAGGGGGCUGUGUGCUUCGGGCGCCACCAGCGGCGUUCCCGUACUCGCCGCAGAAGAGAGCACAGCCCGAGCCGGGAGUCCGCAGGCCCGCAGAGCCGGCUCCGUCCUUGCAGCCCUCGGCUCCGCGGCGGGCAGGUGCUCCCGGCCCGGGUGAGGGUCUGGCUGGUGGGCCGGGCCCGGUCCCUGCACCCUCUUUCCCGGGCGCAGCUAGGGGAGGAAGCGACGGCGCUUACCUGGCUCCUUCGGGGCGGCCGCGAUGGCCAUGGCUCAGGGGCCCGGGGAGGAACUGGCUCCCAGGGGAAGGACCGUCUAUUCCGACGCGGAACUGGUGAGAGCGGAAGGCCGGCUGCUCGCAGCCCUGUCAGCGCAGCAGCGCCAUGGGCACCCACCCAGAGUUUCAGCGCUGCCGCGGGACCCCCAUCCCACUACCCUCCGCCCUCUUCCGCCGCCGCCGCCGCCUCCACCUCCUCCGCGGAGACCCCCCGCCCACUCCACACACUCUCCCAUCAUGCAGCGGGAGAAACCGCUGCCGCCAACACGUCACUUCCGGGCGCAGGUGGCUAGGUCGGGACCGGGCGCUGGUGGGUGCUGUGGGGUGGGGGAGGACACUCUAGGGGAAUUGGUGUCACAGAACGCUUACCCCUGCGCAGGCGCUGUCGCGCAGAGCGCCGGCCGCCAUUUUGGGUGCGGGCAAUCUGCCCUUUCUUUUUACUUCCUCACGAGUCAUCGAGCUGUAGAGGGAUAGACGUCUUCCCGCACUCAGGCGCACGCUGAGGCAGCGCAGCCUGCGAGGGACAGGUGCUCCUGUCAGCCAGUUAAUGUUAACAUUCAGCUCAGGACCGGGUUAAGUCUCUCGCUCUCCAAAUAAAAUUGUAACAGUUUGGAAAUGUAGAAUCACAUUUUUACCAAAAACCUGCUACAGAGUAUUCGUCAGCUUGCCCUUUUCGCCCCGAAAAACGACUUUUUCAUUCACAGCCUAAGUCCCUUCCUCUUUUUAAAUGUAUGCUGACAGAGGAAGAAGCUGAUAUUUAACCAAUAACGAGAAAUUGCGAUAGAAUUUGAGGUGGGAAAGCAGCCGCCGAACUGGCAAACUGUCUUCGAGACCAACAAAAAAAUAGUCCGGAAUUUGGCUUGGAGAUGGUGGUCGUUUUUCAUAGAUUCUUCGGGAGAAUUUCCAGUGAGGCUAAAGAAAUCACUAUAAACUUCUGCAUUCAAAUGCAUUUCUGGAACAGAGGUCGUAAGAGACUUUGUUUCCAUCAUCAGUCCUGAUUUGCGUUUUUAUUACCUUUCCUCCUUCUUUACCAUGAAUAUCUGUUAGAACACCGGCCAGUGUAAAAAUAAAACUACAGGGCUACAGGAUUAUUAUUACUGUCUCGGUUGAUGAGCCCGGGGUCCUACAAAUCAUGAGCCCUGCCUGUUUCUCAUUCUGCCCAUAUUUGCCAAACGUCUGCAUCAGUAAUUGAAUAAUUUAAAAUAGUUCCAAAACAGCAAAGCUCAGCAGCUACGCAAAGAAACAAGGAUGGGAAACACCCCCUCAGGCACAGAGAAGUGUCCACUCCUAAUCAGGCGAAAGAUAAGGACAAUAGCAGUUCAUCACGAUUUAUCCCGCCUCUGCAAUGUACUAGACAAAUUAACUCGGAGCGCUCCAAUAGACCCGCAUUUGUCUCUUUACUACUCAAUCGCUGUAAGAUAUACGGGCACUGCAUCACUUUAAAUGGGAGUAUCAAUUGCUUCGUGGUGAUGCUAGAUUUUGUGUUAUUGCUCAGUCACUAAAGUAAGAAAAAUCUAUAUUGGCUUGUCAAAUUUAUGCCUAUUGUAUUUCGCCCCCUGCUGGUUUAGCUCGUGUGCAAGCUUGAAUUUGUGUGUGUAUAGAAACUGGAAAUUGAUUUUAAACGAACACAUGCUUGUUUUCAUUUGAUAGCUCCACUAAACAGAAAUAUCAAAAUAAGAAGAACAAAUGACUAGACCUUAAAGCAGACCCUACACUAAGAAAAUGUUUAAACUAAAUGAAUUUGAACUGCACUUCAGCCUGGGCAACAGAUAUUAAAUUAUAUCUGUCUCAAAAAAUAAUUAAAUUAAAUUGCACCCCCCACCCCGCCCCAUCAGCUUACAAUUUUGUAAUAGGAAAACUAAAUACCUAUUUGGCCAACUAAGUUGUAAUUGGUAAUCUUACAUGUAAUUCUGAAGACCGUGCUCUAAUGCUUAUGAAAUUUUAUUUAUUACAAAAGGAAAGUAUUUGAAUGUUUUUAAGAUGAUAAAUCUAUGGGAAAUAUAAAGUCCAUUUCAUCUGGAGCCAACAAUAGUAUUGUUUUUACCUACCUUGUUAAAAAUUAUGUCCAUAACUGCAUUAUCUAAGAUUUGGCAUCAAGAAAAGAAGAAGGAAAAAAAACUACCAGUUAACAUUUGUUGUAGUUAAUUCUAGAUUUUUUUUUUCCUGUUUAACUUUUUACAAACUUGUUAUUUAAGUAGAUUUUAUGUCCCCUUUUUCACCUAAUGUGUUGUAAGCAUUUCCUCCUAUCAUUUAAUAUAAAACCUUAAUUUUAAUUGCCUGCUUAGUGGUCAAUGGAAUGACCACUAUAUGGAUAUUUGUUACUAUUAUAAAAUAGUACUUA